AUGGAAAACCAAACAGUUGUGGCUGAAUUCAUUUUACUGGGUUUCCCCAGCAUCCAAAAAGUGAGAGUUCUGGUGUUCGUGGGAGUCUUGAUGAUCUACUUUUUGACUGUCACUGGGAACAUUGUCAUUGUGGCCAUCGUGGUUCACGACAGUGCUCUCCACAAGCCAAUGUACUUCUUCCUCGGGAACCUCUCCUUCUUGGGAAUCAUCUAUGUGACCUCAACGAUCCCCAAACUUUUGGCCAAUUUACUUGCAAUAAAAAAAUCUAUUAGCCUAGCAGGUUGCAAAGCCCAAGCAUUCUCCCAUUUUUUCCUGGGGGCCUCAGAAUUUUUCCUUCUCACCGCCAUGGCGUAUGAUCGCUAUAUGGCCAUCUGCCACCCUCUUCAUUACCAUGCUAUCAUGAGUGGCAGGGCUUGUGUGCAGCUGGCUUGUGGCUCAUGGUUUGGGGGCUUGAUGACUGUCUUGGUGCAGACAAUUCUGGUGUUCCGGCUGCCUUUCUGUGGUCCCAAUAUCAUCAAUCACUUCUACUGUGAUGUCGGACCAUUGCUGAAACUGGCUUGCAUGGACACUCGCCCCAUUGAGUGGAUAAUCUUCAUUGUCGCCACUGUUGUCGUAUUCAGCAAUUCCCUGUUGACAGUGGUUUCAUACAUCUUCAUCAUCUCCACCGUGAUGAGGAUCCCAUCAGCCUCUGGAAGGCAGAAGGCUUUCUCUACUUGUAUUGCUCACUUGGUGGUAGUUAUCAUGCUGUAUGGAGCGAUCAUUUUCAUCUACGUCAGGCCCACAGGCCAUGCCUCACUGAAUAUGAACAAAGUGGUCUCCCUCUUGAAUACACUGGUCACUCCACUCCUGAACCCUUUUAUAUAUACACUCAGAAACAAGGAAGUGAAAGAUGCAUUGAAAAAGGGAUUCGCCAGAAAAAAAAAUAUUUGA